AUGGACUCGGCACCGGUAUCUAACGGGUCGGCCAUACAAUCCACUGAAACUGAAGAAUUAAACGGAUUCUUGAAUGACUUAAUUGAAAAUAAUGUUAAUAUUAGUGAACAAAUACUGGAGAUAGAGAGUAGUGUAAUGCCAGAGACAAGUAGUAUCCCAGAUGUUACAGAUGUAGCGCCACAAGAUCCUCAAGAACUAGCGAUCGCACCGGUAUUUCCAGUGAUCAAUGAUUAUCACUCGUGGAACCAAUUGGAGUCAAUCCGUGUGAGAGAACUGUUGAGUGCAUCCAAUAUUAGGGACGACCCGUUGAGUAACCAUGACUUUAAAGUUUAUACAUUUAAGCAAAUGAUGUGCGAAACUGGACACCGAAUGGAGAACUGGAUUAAGGAUACAAUAAGUUUCGCCAAAAGUCUCAAUGGAUUCAAGAGUUUCUGUGCCGACGAUCAGUGGACUCUCAUUAAGAAUGGAUGCAUUGAAAUGUGUUUAAUGAGACACGCGUUGUAUUAUAAUGAUGAGGAUUGGAGCAACAACUAUAUAUUUAUUUACUUCAAAAAUAUCUUCUAGUAAAGUAUCAAAUGGAAAAUGACUCGCAUUCAAAACUAUUAACAUUAUUAAAUAGUUUAAUUAAUUUAAGUAAUUUAAAGGAAAUGCAAUUAAUGUACGGAAAGACUGAUAAUUUUAAAGAGUGUAUUCCUUAUUGUGGACCAUUGACCAGGGAGAUUUAUGAUGUUAAAGUCUGAUCUUUGUUAGUUUAGCCUUAAUUAAAAUUACGAAAAUUGUACUCAAUCAAUAUUUUUCAUAUUUAAAUUCAUAAUUCAUUUUA